GCACAGUCAAAUCAAAAGUGUAUUUAAAAAGUUAUUAGGUAUCGCCCUGUGCGGGUAUUCUCUUUCGGCAGAGAAGCCAGAUAAUUGAAGUGAACGAAAACAAUAACGCCGGGUGUGAAGAAUAUUCGUUUUGACAAGACUUAGUAGCGCCGUUAUUUAAUUUGUUACAUGUCAGGAAGAAGUAUUCACUGUUGUUGUUCCACUUACUAUUUUAAUGUGGUUCGCCUGGGGACGGGACGGGACGGGACGGGACAGGCCAGGCAGGGCAGGGGAGCGCUCUUUCCAGUCUCCGGCGGCCGGGCUUCCGCUUCUUGUCUCUCGGUCUGCAUCGCCUUACCGUGUUUCUCACCCAGCACACAGGUCAUCAUGACGGAGGAGUUCCCGUAUCCGCCCAGAGUCAUCGUACCGCCGGGCCUCAGGACUGUGCUGCUGGGGCUCGGCAGAGCUGUGCUCAGCGCACAGCCCGAAAGCAUCCCCCACUUCUCCGCUGUGUAUUUCUCAGAGCUCCUGCGAUUCAGGGCAGAAAAUCCACACGCCGAGAUAAGUGAGCUCGUGAGAGAAUUCCCUAUGCCGAAAGCGAAUCAGCUCACUGCUAAAAGGGUUCUGAAGACAGUGGACAAGAGGAGAGAUGCGUCAACGGAAGGUGCGGGAGGGAGCGCUGAGAGUUCCGGUCCUGAUUCCACCGAUAAGUCACCUAGUUCCGUGACUCUGGAUGAUUCUGAAAACAGCGACUCGGUUGGCAGCGGCAGGAAGACGAGAUUCCUGUCGUUACGAAAUAUGAUGAAAAAGGGGAAGAUCAGCAAUGGUGACAAUUGACACUAAAUAUUUUUGAGGAGCAGCUCCGCCUCGGUUGCACAUAAUCGAGGCAGCGGACGGGACAGUGGGUUGGAGAAAAGUCGAAUUCUAGAAUCCACAUUCACUGUAGAGUUUGUAAGCUUUCGUUGGCUUUUGUACAUUUCGACUUUAAUAGAGAUCCGUUGCUUGAAUUCACAACAAAAAUAUACUCCUUUUGAUUUAUUCACUGACCACCCUUUUUUGAUAUUUGAUUCUCAUGAUUCUGCUUUAUAAAAGAACCAAUAACUGAAUCAUAGACAAAUUUCACUUUAACCCUAUUAUCCCUAAAAUAAAUCAGUGUCGGCACAAAUACGUAUAUAUAUAUAUAUAUUUUCCAGAAUUCUUUUUAAUAAACCUGAUCAUG